AUGUGGAUGUUUUCUUGGCUUUGUGCCAUUUUAAUGAUGCUGUUUAUUGCUGGUAUGGAUGCAAUCUCAAAGACCACACCACGUGCGAAGUUUACAAAGCAGUCUGAAGGAAAAGAGAUGCCAAAAGUUCUAAAGCCAUCCAGUGGUCCACCUCUGAAAGAAGAUGGCAUCUCCUUCACUGAAAUGGCUGAACGGGAAGAACCAACCAAAGAACCAUUGGCCCUGGAUUCUGCCUUUGGUACUGCCACUGUCUUCCCUUUUAAAAACUUCACUCUUGAUACAGCUGACUUUGUUCUGAAUUGUUGUGAUUGUUGCUUGCCUAUACCAGGACUGAAAGGAGAACCUGGGAAGACUGGAAAACCAGGUCCUAAGGGAGAGACUGGUGAUAUGGGGAUUCUGGGUCCACCAGGAAACAUUGGGCCCCAAGGCCUAAAAGGUCAGAAAGGAGAGAAGGGAUUUAAAGGAGAACGUGGGGAUCAAGGAACAAGUGGGGUUCCAGGAUAUCCAGGAAAACCUGGAGAGCAAGGUGGACUUGGUUCUAAGGGGGAUAAAGGAGACAUUGGACCAGCAGGGAUGAAAGGACAAAAAGGCUCCAAGGGAGAUGCAUGUGUAAAUGGUACCAAAGGAGAUAAAGGAAAUCAAGGGGCACACGGCUCCUCAGGCUUAAACGGAGAGCCUGGGGCCAAGGGAGAGAAAGGGGAGAUGGGGGAAAAGGGAUGCUGUGGAAAUUCUAUGGAGAGAGGUGACAAAGGACAAAAAGGAGAGGAAGGCAUGAAAGGAGAAAAAGGUAGCAAAGGAGACAUUGGAAUGGAAGGCAAAAGUGGCACAGAUGGCCUGCCUGGGGUCAAAGGUGAAACAGGGGUUAAAGGAGCCAAGGGUGAACUAGGUUCUCCUGGCCUGGAGGGACCAGCUGGGCCAAAAGGUGAACUGGGGAGCAAAGGAGUUCGAGGAUCUAUUGGAAAGAAGGGCUCCAGGGGCUUUAAAGGUUCCAAGGGCGAGGUGGCUGGAGUUGUUCGAUCGGCUUUCAGUGCUACCUUAUCAAAGCCAUUUCCUCCUCCUAAUGCCCCUAUCAAAUUUGACAAUGUCCUCUAUAAUGACCAAGGAAAUUACAGUCCGGUUACUGGAAAAUUUAACUGUAGUAUUCCAGGGGCAUAUGUGUUUUCCUAUCACAUCACUGUGAGGGUUCGCCCUGCUCGGAUCAGUCUAGUGGCCAGAAACAGGAAGCAAUUCAAGUCCAGAGAAACUCUCUAUGGGCAGGAAAUAGAUCAAACCUCUCUCCUCAUCAUCCUGAAAUUAAGUGCAGGGGAUCAAGUCUGGUUGGAAGUUUCAAAAGACUGGAAUGGAGUGUAUGUGAGUGCUGAGGAUGACAGCAUUUUUACUGGGUUCCUUUUGUACCCUGAGGAGCCUCCUGGGAUUUCACCAUAA